CUUCCCGCAAAAGAGCAGAGAGAUACGACCACUGGCGGUGCUGCAGAGGAUGUGCACGACUGAAUCUACAGCCUAAAGCCUCACAGUGACAGAGAGAGAGAGAGAGAGAGAGAGAGAGAGAUGUGCUGUGCUAGAGUCCAGUCUUGUUCUGGGACCUCAGACUGACUGAAGCUGCUGGUAGUUUUACAGCUGUGCAUCUCUGUCACUCUGGAGUCAUGAGCUCGAAGGGGACGAACCUCCACAACAAACGUCUACCGUCGGAGACAGAACACGCGCAGAGAGUCCCGGAUGCAGAUUCAGCCCAGCAAAUGAGACUGAGAGAGAGACAACGAUUCUUUGAGGAGGUGUUCCAACAUGAUGUCGAUGUUUACCUUUCCUCAGCACACCUGCAGAUAGAUUAUAAAAGACCUCCUUUGGGAAGUAUUUCAUCAAUGGAGGUGAAUGUUGACAUGCUAGAGCAGAUGGACCUGAUGGACAUCUCUGAUCAGGAGGCCUUGGAUGUCUUCUUCAGUGCCAGCGGAGAUGAAGGAUCACUGACAUCCCCUCUUCCAGCUCUUGGACACGCUGAGAUAGAAGAGGAUGGAUUGAGGAGAAAUGACGUUUCCUUGAGAAUUUCUGACCCUUGCGAGAUCAAAUCCCGUAUGUUGUCCACUUCCUCCAACUCCACCUGUGACAGUCAGGCCUCCAACGAGGACGGAACGAACACUCCUGUCGUCCAGUCAGAUGAUGAAGACGUGCACGAAGAAAGCAUGUUACGAACAGGAGCGGCCAAAGCCAACGAUGCCACAAAAGAGCAGUCUGCUCUCUCAUUAUAAACUGCCUCAUUAAUUACUGACCACUUGGGAAGUGUAACUUGUUAAGGUUGAGACUGUCUCGUGGGUGGACUGACUGGUUUUAGCCAUAAAUCUAUCUACCAGACCUUUAUGAACGCUUGUGAAAUUCAAGCAUCCUAUUACGUCAUACCGGGAGUGUCACACUUUGGCAGACUCGCAUUUUUGUAUUGCCACUUGCGUCUUAUCAACAUUUUUCUUCGGAAAUAAAGGUUUGGAAAAUAUAUACAUUACCAAUAUUUUGCGAUGCUCUUUACAAAGACUGAUACUGCCCUGUAGAGAGCACCGGUUUGAUUUAAGGUGGUUAGUCUCGUGAAAACAUUUCCAAAAGAAAACAACAUGUAAAAUAAUAUUUUGCUUAAAGAAAAUGAAGCUUUUUCUGAACAAUGUUAAAAAUGAUUUACUAUUUACUCACACUCAUGCGCUUCCUAACAAGGCUUUCGUCCGGAAAUGUACAUAUAUUUAGUGAAACCUAAGAUAUAAGAAGUCUUCAAGGAUUCAAAGGGUCAUGAAGACAUAAUAAAACUGCACAAAAUUGUGUAUUUGGCUUAUUUGAUGUGCUUUAUUUAUUUGUUUUAGCAAUGGUUUACCAAAAAAUUGUCAUAUAAAGUUGUUUCAACCCGUUAAAAAACUCGACUAGUUUUAUGAAACAUGUAUAACCUCAAAAAAACGGUUUAAAAGCUUAAAAAAUGUUGUGGUUGUGUGCACUUUCUGUUGUGAAGAUGAAUAAAAAAUCUUAUCAGUUAAAAAUGACAUAAGGGUGAACAGAUGCAGAAUGUAUUUUCACUUAUAGGUGAACUAAGUAUUUAAGGUUUGGCUUUGCAUCUUUACAUUAUUUUUUUAUUUUUUUGUAACAGAAUGGUGAUUUUCACUGCACCAUUAGAAUUUUUGAUUUAUUUAAAACCACAUAGAAGGCGAUACAACAAAUAACGGUGUAAAUAAAAUAUUAAACAAGUUGAAUUUUUUUUAAAAAUUAAAGUAAUGUGAUUUAGUUCAUAAGAAUUUGAGAGGAAACUGUGUUUAAUUGUUAUGAAAAUGAUCGAAAAAUACUAAUAAUGAGCAUUAGUUUCCUUGUACUUGUUUGUAUUUGGCUUCAACAGGACAAUAAAGUGAUAAGAUGUAAUGA